GCGUGUUCAGAACAACCACGGACUAGCUAGUGUGUGGCUGGGAUUUCGAAGAGUGGGAACUGAUGUCUUCCUCAUAGACGAACUACUAAGUCCGCGUUUUCCCAAGCCAGAAGUGUGUUUUGGUUUUUCUUUUCGUCCUUAGCCAUCUUCGAAUCCUGUUCUUUUGAUGUUCCAACGUUUCGAAACAGCAGACUAUUUUUUCUUUUGUGCCAUGUGAAAAGAGAUUAUGUGGGUGUUAGUGUGACCUGGAUUAUCAAAUUCUUAUUUAUUCUGUUUUACUACGGAAAGGAUAAAACGCAUUCACCCUCCUACAAUAUUUAAAAGAAAAAAGAAAAAAAAAAGGCUAAUUGGUGCUGGACCAAGUUAUUUUGUUUUUGCAUGAAUGUCAGGAGAAAACUUUGGAUAAAUCCAAUCACCCUUGCUUUUAAUUGUUUUCCAUGAGCUUAUGAUCAUCUAAUAUGCUUGGUAUUGAGACAGUGGAAAGCAUGUUACUUUCUGGUUUAGUUUAGUUAUCAAAUGGCAAUACUUUUCACUGCUGAUAUGUGGCGGAAGGGUGACCACCUUGCUCUCCCAUGAGCUCCUCCCUCCUCUUGCUGCCGCCGAUACUCCUGUCUCCCAUGUCCAUGCCUGAAGCCGCUCCCUACUUGGCCGCCGUCCAAUGGAGCCAUGAGGGACGACCCCUGCGGGAGUUCGCUGCCAAGACCCCUCUUCCUCAACCUGCCAAGAUCAUCAAGGGGCAGCACCAGAAUCUGGGUGUACCUAGCUUGCCCUCUCCUAAUCUCUGUCAAUUUGUGCUCGUCGCUUCAGCUGGAAAGCAGCUUAAAGUCAUCGCUCAGUGCGUCAAGGUGAAAGAUGGCCGGAGAAUGGCACCCCUUGGACCUAGAUUAGCCUUACCUCAUGACUACGAGGGAUGGUUUGAAAUUCUUUCUGAAGAAGGUCGAGCGGUGCGAUGCAUAGAGAGCGUAGCAGAGUUAGCCAGGAGGAAACCGAGAUCCUGCUUGGUUCGGGAUAGCAUCAAAGUAAACCUUCCUCGUCCAGAUGACCUUGACAGUGUGUGGGAGAAGACAAGAGUGAUAUCACCCGGUGAGGUUCUUACAGUCGGUGAUAUCGUCAGUGGAAUAUCCAGGGGUAAUCGUGGCAGUGGCAAGUAUCUCGGAUGCGUCACUUCUUUUGGAGAUACUGUGUAUUUACCUCUGGAGCUGAGAGGAAGGUUUAGCACCAUCGCUGGGGAGGAUAACAUCUCUGGUGUCCAUACGGUGAAGACGCUGAUGACUAAGAGAUUUCCUUUGAUGGUGCGGUUAGUGCAUGGCAAACCUCCUGUGGGCGUCAAACCUGGUUCACAAUUUGUUAAUGAAAUGAGGUUGUAUUCAUUAAUAGAGGAAGAAUGCCUUGUAGCCAUGCCACUAUCAAAAGACUCUGGUGUUGUCCCUAUUCCAUCCAAUGCACCCCUUAAAGUUUUGGCUCCUAAAAAUUCGGAAACCUUAAUGAAGAUGCCAGAGCACGCAGCUCUCGUUAAUAAGUGCCACAAUCUUAUGGUGGAGGUUACUGGAUGUAUACAGGUUUGCGAUGUCCACUCUGUUCACGAAAUUAAAAAUGCACCACCUUCUCCUCAGUAUGUUUAUACUCGUCGCCAAGCUCCCAAUUCCUAUCGAACCGUACCUCUUGUUAAACGCAGUGCUUCUGACCCUCAAGGCACUAAUCUUUCUGGAAGGGCUCAUUUAGAAAGAGGAAUGUCGACCCCAAACGAUGCUUCGCUAUCUCCUAAUGAAGAAUUUUCUGAUUCUGAUGACGUAAGAUAUGACGAGAUAGAUCAGAUAUAUGACUAUGUGAGAGGCUUCGCACCUUUGCCGGUAAAUAUCAAGAAUGAGUUUUCAGCAAGUGAAGAACACAAGUCUCAAAUCUUGCCACAAAUAUCUGAUGGAAAUAAUAAGGCAGGUGAGCGUAAGCCGCCGGAUCCUCCUCCCAUUGAGACGAUACCCGCGCGGAAGGCAAGCACGGGCACCGUUCGACAUAGCCAAAACACACCGCAGAAGAUUACUGUUAGCAUUGUAAAUCGAACCCCGUCUUUCAAGACCAAAGAUAUCUACUAUCCGCAUCGAAGUCAGAAAUCUAAAAAGUCAUCGGAUGAUCAUAUCUACGAAAAGAUUGAUAAGCGGAAAAACGGCUUAAAACUCGUGAAGGUGUUUGAAACACCGAAUCGCAAUGCUCCCCUGAGAUCCAACAGUGCUAGCAAGGUCUUCCAAAAUGGCAGUGCCAACUGCGACAGCAACAAUAAUACCAAGCUUCCUUACAAGAGACAAAGUCAGUUCCAACUUCACCUGAAUCCUUCUCAGAAUGUCUCCAACGGCAAGUCCCGGUUCUUGAAGAACAACAAGAACAACUCUCAUGCUCACAAAGAGGUAUCCGGGAUCAACCGCAACAACAAAUCGCAGAAAAGUUCGUGGGUGAACAGUGGAGUUAAAACCAUCGCCACGUCUCCACUUUUCCACAUAAGGUACAAAUCCCUGACGGAUUUGCUGAUGGAUACCAAGAAAUCAAGUCCUGAAUCCAGCAAUACUUCAUCCGGGAAAAAACCUUCCGGAUCAGCUGGAUCCAGUCUGUCUGUGUCUUCCAAAGACGAUGUAGAUGGCUUGGAAGACACUUCAGACAUAGUUGAGGACAUUCACCGAAACGGUAAAGUCUCCAGAAGAUUGUCCAGACCUAAAUCUUUGUCCAAUCUGAUUGGGGAUGUGACGCCAAAGAAGCGAUUGGACAAUCAUAACUAUUAUAAUCUUGUUCAGAAUGAUCUCAUAAAGCCACCAGAAAUCAACUGUCCUAAAUUCUAUUCAAUGCCUGAUUCCUCAAGAUAUGCCAAGAACCAUUAUGGAAGCACGCACCACUCCAAAAAACUUGGAACUCUUUAUUUAUGAAAGACUUUUGUGCUAGGUUUAAUAUUAAUAAUUACAAUGUUCGUGGCUGGUGCACGUUUUAGUUCAGAAGUGCGAAAAUUGAACUGCUUUCUUUAUUCUGUUUGUAAAAAAAAAAUUUUUAACGCUUUUUGUUUCCGAUCAUGUAUUAUUAGCCAAGUUUUUACUACAAACGUGAUGUUUUCUGGUGAUAACUUGUAUUUUUAUAGAUUUUUUUUACACCUUGUUUGAAGAGACAUUGCGACUGUGCUUGCAUCAUUUUUUUUAGAAUUGAUUGAUCUUUUCAUUUUAGCCCCAUUUUGUUUGGAAUUCUUGUUCGAAGCUGUUUUCCGGUGUAGGCAAACAGCUCAAGAUGUCCACAAAGGGAAUUGUUUUUGUUUAAUUAUAUUUCGAAGGGAACACACACACACACAUUCACACAAUCGAGUCAUACUUUGAAAACGCUGUGAUAAUUUUUCACACUCAAUCAACUUUUUUUUCCCCCUGUUUUUUUGUGUUCUCUUUCUAGACUAGUAAAAAUGUUUAGUUCAAAAUUCUUGUACUGAUAAAUCAAUGGCUAUCCUAAUUUUAUAAUAAAAUACAUAAUAUAUGCUA